UGCAGCGGUGGUAAAAAUGUUAAAGGGUCAACAUAUGCAUAUAUAUGUGGAGCAUUUUCUUAACAACGGAAGUUAAUAAAAUUACAUGAUUGUGUGAGAAAAUGGAGCCUGGAAAACACUUUAAGUAGUUUAAAUCAAAUUUUAUCAUCAGGUCUGAGUUGCUGCUGCUCAACUGUGACGUCCAGUGGCUUCAAAGUCUGAAUCAUCUAGAUGAAACAAAGAAAACCUGAGCUAUAAUUUUCACUUUCUUUCUUUUUCUUAUUUGUUUUUGUUUUCUAACAGCUAGACCUUCACAUUUUUUCUCCAUAAAAGUUACAUAAUCCUAUUCGAUAGUGCUUUCUCACUACCCUGUAGUACAGUCUUUAUUCACUAGGUCAUUUACAACAUUUAGAUUUCUCAGGCAUUUCCUGCUGAAGCUUUUUAGUGCAUGGACUUGCAGAUUUGUGGGAGAGGCCGGUCAUUUGGAAACCUGACAGAAAACGGACUGUCCUGUGAAACACCACCACAGGAGGAGUUAACCUGUAGCAGAGCGUGUGGUUAACCUUCUCCUGCGUCCAGCCAGGGGCUUCAAAGUGAUCCCUCUCAGGCUUUUCCCAGCCACUUUAUUUCCCUAAACAGAGCAGAAAACCCACUGAGGGAAUGAAAAUGUCUGUGGUGUCCAAGAAGCUGUGGUGCGUCCACAAGCAGCUGCUUCUCUGCCUUGCGCCACUUGUGUUUCUGCCUUUACUUUUUACUCUGCCAGAAAAGGAGGGAAAAUGCCUUUACGUUGUGAUACUGAUGGCUACGUUUUGGUGCACAGAGGCCUUGCCUCUGGCAGUCACAGCGAUGCUUCCAGUCUGCCUCUUCCCGACGCUGGGGAUUCUCCCGGCCAAAAAAGUCUGCCCCCAGUACUUCAUCGAGACCAACUUCCUCUUCCUCAGCGGCCUUGUGUUGGCAUCGUCGAUUGAGGAGUGGGGCCUGCAUCGUAGGAUAGCACUGAAGGUCCUUAGUAUUGUCGGAGUGAAACCUGCCUGGCUCAUCCUGGGAAUGAUGAUGACCUCAUCCUUCCUUUCCAUGUGGCUCAGCAACACCGCCACAACAGCCAUGAUGCUUCCCAUUGCAAACGCCAUCCUGGAGAGCCUGUUUGGGGACCUGGAGACCCUGAAGCAAAAGUGCAAAUCCCCAGAGGAUCGUGACAGUGCUGCAAUAAAUGGUCAAACUUCACUGAAGCUCCAUUCGCUGCCAUCAGAGCCUUCUGAAAAACAUAUGCUGUCAAUGGAUGGGAUGGAAGCUGUGGAGCCUGUAGACAUGAGGACGGCUGAGGAGAUCCAGUCAGAGUCAGAGUAUCAGCUGAAAGUGUGGAAAGGAUUCUUGAUCUGUAUUCCCUAUGCUGCCAGUAUUGGAGGUACAGCAACGCUGACAGGCACAGCACCAAACCUCAUCCUGAUUGGACAGCUCAAAAGCUACUUCCCAGACUGCGACCUUAUCAACUUUGGCUCUUGGUUUGCCUUUGCCUUCCCCCUGAUGCUUCUCUUUCUGUUUUUGGGGUGGAUUUGGAUCUCUUUUCUCUACGGCGGACUGAAUACAAGGUUAUGUUUCACGAAACACGACCACAGAGCCCAGGCAGAAGCCAGAGCCAAAGCUCUAAUUAAAGAAGAUUACAGAAAACUGGGGCCCAUAAACUUUGCAGAAGGGGCCAUCUCUUUCUUUUUUAUUUUAUUCGCUGUUCUCCUGUUCACAAGAGAUCCUAAAUUUGUUACUGGCUGGUCUGUGUUUUUCAAAAAAGGGUAUGUCUCAGAUGCUGUCACUGGUGUCAUCAUUGUGUCCAUUUUGUUCUUCUUCCCAUCACAAAAACCCUCUCUGAGUUGGUGGUUUGACCCAAAAGCUGUAAACACUCCAUACGUCCCUCUGCUUUCAUGGAAAAAGGCCCAGGACUCUGUUCCCUGGAACAUUAUCCUCUUGCUUGGAGGCGGCUUUGCAAUGGCCAAAGCUUGUGAGGAGUCCGGCCUUGCGUCCUGGAUCGGAGGCCACCUCCAGCCCUUGGCUGAAGUUCCCCCAGCUGUAGCUGUGAUGUUAAUCACUGCUUUCCUGGCUUGUUUCACCGAGUUUGCCAGCAACACAGCAACUAUUAUUAUAUUUCUGCCUGUCAUUGCUGAACUGGCCAUUCGUGUCUCUGUCAACCCUUUGUACUUCAUGAUUCCUGCCACUGUGGGAUGUUCAUACGCCUUCAUGCUUCCUGUUUCCACUCCACCCAACUCCAUCGCCUUUGCAUCCGGACAUCUCAUGGUCAAAGACAUGGUGAAAACCGGCUUUGUCAUGAACAUCCUGGGGAUCCUCUCUGUGUCUCUGGCUAUGAACACGUGGGGCGUCGCCAUGUUUAACUUGACCUCCUACCCAAAAUGGGCUCACACCGCCAACACUACUGCUGCCACUCCAAAUGUUCACUUCCCAUCCAUGAGGUCAACCAACGCCACGCUCUGAGGAUGUAAAUGCAGACUGUAUAUAGAUUUAAAAACUAAAACUAUACAUGUUUUUAAAUGUGCUAAAACACCACAAAGCUCUGUUACUGCUGCUCCUGGCUCUUCUGCCUUUAGGAAGCUCAUUGUAAUUAUUGCUUCAUACUUUAAUGUUCACUUUGGCUUUAAGAUUUGUGAAUAUGCUGUGAAAAAAAAAAGCUGAAUUAUCAUACACUAACUGGGCCAGAAGUACCAGAUACCGUCAGAUUUAGGCCAUUCAGAAUUUCAGUAACAUCUAAUUCUUAAUCCACUGAGUUUAAUAUGAUGUCGGCACCCUUUUACAGUCUAAACAGCUUCAACUCUUCUGGUUUUGGACUUUUUUUUAAAUUUUUUUUUUACAGAAACCCAUUUGUGAGGUCAGACACUGAUGUUGGACAAGAAGCCCUUGCUCUCAGUUUCUUCUCCAACUCCUCCUAAAAGUGUUUUAGUGGGUUUAGGUCAGGAUCUGUGCAGACCUGUCAAGUUCUUGCAGAUAAAAUAUUCUUAAUAGACCUUUGUACAUUGUUACCAAGUCAAAUUAGAACAGGAAGGCCAGUAUCUUGACUUCCUGAAGCCUUAAACGUUGCAUUUACUGGAGUUAAAUGACUGAGUCUAACUUCCAAAAAGCAAAAACACAAAAGUAUACCAAGUAUUUUUGGUCUACUUUCUAGUGCAAAUAUCUUGGUACACUUCAAAUAAGACAAAACAAACUUACAAGUAACUUUUCAGUAAGAUGUAGGAGCUUGAUUUAAGUCAGUUACUCCUUAGUAUUAAUAAAACUGGCAAAUAAUUUGCCAGUGGAGCAAACUGUUUGUUUUACUGACAUACAGUGUCUGGAUGGUUAGUCAACAAAAAAAAAAGUUGUUUUUUCCAGCAGGAAAAAGUUGGUUUUCCAACCAACUGGAAGGCCAGGACCAAUACUUCUGGACUUCUGGAAGUCCAGAAGACCUGGAGUUCCGCUCAGGUUGCUAGGUGACAGACUGGGCUUGGCUGGAGUUGCUAGGCAACGGAGGAGUGCCCAUUGAUUGUGACUUAAAAAUCGGGAAGUUUUUGAAACAGCUAAUUUUCUGGACACCAGAAAGACAUUAACUUAUUGACAAAAUAUUGUUUAGUUUAGCUGUUUUUAGAAGCAGUAGAAACGCAAAUGGAAGCAUAAAAACCUGCUAAAUGUGAAUUUUGCAUAAUUGAUCCCCUUUUGCACACCAAACAUGGCAGAAAUAUUAUCUUUAGAGCCAUCCCAAUAAUCGACACAACCUUAAAAUUGUCGGAAGGAGAUGAUCAGGUCAAACAUCGUCAUAAUUAGCUUGCCGUGUUAACUGGUGCUCGGAGGUCUGUAGCUAAUUUCUCUUUCAUUAUUCACCUCCUGCCACUUUAUCUGUACAUUAAGCCAUUUUUCUUCAUAUACACAUUUGAUCAUAGACCCAACAGACAACAAAUAAAUAACAAAAUUAGAAAAAUCACAGAAACCGUGGCAUCAAAAGUGGAUAAUAGCACCAAAAGCUACAUGUCUUAAUCACUUCUACUUGGUUAUAAUGGUUGAAACAACUGAGGGAAUAAUUUUGAGGGAGGACCCAAUACACUUUCCAAUACUAUACUUUAAAUAGUAUUUAAAGUAUACUAUUUACUAUGUAGUAAAUAAAUUCUGUUAUUCUGUUUUAAUUCUGUUUUAUAGAGGGUGCCGUUUGUAUUUCUUACUACAAGGUGAGUCAAAAAGAAGAGAAACAUCUGUGAAUAACUUUUAUAAUACAUGUAUCACUGAAAUUCAACAAGCGAUCAUGUUGGUGAAUCCUUCUGCACACAUUUCACUUCCAGUAAUUAAAACCUUCCCCAACUAUAU